AUGCGGUGUAUUUCGUGUACUAAGAGAAAGCUGUGGUGGUCUUCUUUCGCCCUGCUGGCUGUAUCAGUAACCAUCCUAAGCAAUGUGGCGAUCCUGGCGCGUCUAUUCCUAUCCACAUAUAAGCAGAGAUUGAAUGCAGUGUCCCCUGCACAUGGUUUCUAUCAUCUAAGAUUUGCUCAAAACUUCCAUACAGAUAUUCAGAAGCCGUCUACAACACACACACUAGAGUUUCUUGCGACAUCAGUGACAAGAUCUGUAACUGAUGCACGUCCAACUUACAGAUCUCAUGAUGAAAUACAUGAAGCUGAAGGCUACUUUUCUAACCAAACGUUGCCAUCAUAUCUGCGCGAGGGACUUUUAAAGCCGGGAACCAAAGAAGAAGCUAUAGCACGGAAACUGAUGAGUGUUCGCCGACACAAGAUAGUCAAUUCUCAUCAUUACGGGUAUCGGAUCAAUCCGCUACAUGUGUGCGCCAACAAGGUUGUGGAGAUUGUUCUCUGUGUGGUUUCAGCUGUGAAAAACGUCAACUUCCGACACAGGUUUCGUUAUGCUAUUAAGAGUGGAUAUGCUGGGAUUUGGAAUGAGAUCAACCAAGUAGUCCUGCUAUUUUUCCUCGGUUUGCCCACUGGGGACGACUCUCAAAGCCUACAAGAAAUGGUGAACAACGAAUCGCUGGUGUAUGGCGAUAUUGUACAAGGCACGUACCUCGACACGUACAGAAAUCUCAGCAUUAAAACAGUGUCUAUUCUAAAAUGGGUUAGUACUUACUGCUCUAACGCCAACUUUGUUAUAAAAACAGACGAUGAUUGUGACGUUAAUAUUCCCCUGAUGAUAACAGAGCUACACAAGAAGCAACAAGAAGUCCCCUUGUUUAUUUUAGGGAAGGUCUCCAGAAAACUGACUCCAGUGCGCAUCGCUAAGAGUAAGUGGUAUAUCCCACGUUCCUUGUAUGGGGAAGACAAGUUUCCUACCUUCAUGUACGGUGGUAGCCAGGGCUAUCCCACGGCAGUAGCCAAAUUAUUAUAUGAGGCAUCACUUAGAAUUCCACUUUUCUGGCUGGAAGAUGUAUACAUAUCUGGCAUCUGUGCCAGUAUGUUAAAUAUCCCAAGAUUUGAUAGCCCGGCUUUUUACUUUUCGCAUUUCCCGCCUCCCAGCGAAACAGAAUAUUAG